UAGUCUCCAGCGGGUCUUGAGUAAGUUCGGACGUGUGCAAAGAUCGGCCAACGGUGUGAUCAGUAGGCAGAGAGCCAAGAGCCAAGAGCCUAGACAAACAUAAAUUCGAUAUAUCCGAUCGUUCGGUUUCUUCGUGUGUUUACGUGUGGGAUCGAUCGUGGGAUCUGCUUAGUGUCUGUGACGCCUCUGCAAAUAUUGGCCAACGGUUAAUGGCCAUGAAGAAGCUCUAUGCCAAGACCUCGUUCACCAGCAAGAAGCCGUCGAGUGCCGCCAAUUCCUCGCCGAUUUUGGCCUACCACCAGCAGCCGGGAAAUGGCAUGUGCGAAUUUCAGGUGGCUCCUGGCCAUUCCGGGGAGCUGAUCCGCCGCAGCCAGAGUAUGCAUCACAAGAUGUCGCCUCCAGUCGGUGGCUUAGGCUCAAAGUCGGAGUAUUAUAGCAUAGAGGAGCUGCAGGAGUUGGAUUUGCUAGACUAUCGCCACCCUAUGUAUCACCAUUAUCAGCAGCAGGAGUUGAGGCAACGCUACCAUGAGCAUGAGCAGUUGGUGUUGCAGUUACCCAAGGCUAGUCCAAAGACAGGACCCAUCUAUGAGGCGCCUCAGAGAUCUCAGCAGCAGCAACAGCAACAGCAGCAGGAUCAGAUGUUUGAGCAGAGUAUAAUUGGGGCCAGGGCCUCUGUGAUGGUGUACGAUGACAACCAGAAGAAGUGGGUGCCCUCGGGCAGUUCGUCAGGACUGAGCAAGGUGCAGAUCUACCACCAUCAGCAGAACAACACCUUCCGAGUGGUGGGGCGAAAACUGCAGGAUCACGAAGUGGUGAUCAAUUGCUCCAUUCUGAAGGGACUGAAGUACAACCAGGCCACGGCCACAUUUCAUCAGUGGCGCGAUUCGAAAUUCGUUUACGGAUUGAACUUCUCGAGCCAAAAUGAUGCGGAGAACUUUGCAAGGGCCAUGAUGCAUGCCCUGGAAGUGCUCAGCGGACGCGUGGCUAACAAUCCAGGUGGACCGCCCACAAAUGGAAAUGGCUACGAGGAGGAUAUGGGCUAUCGCACGAUGACCAGCGAGGAUGCGGCCAUUCUGCGACAGAACAACAGCAUAGGUGGCCACGUCACGCCCUCGGCUCAGACGCCCACCUCGCAGACCAACCAGAAUAGCAUCCCCCAGAGCCCACCGACGCCCCAGGGUCAUCAUCGCACCAGCAGGAAUUCCCUCAGCGCCCCACCGGCACCGCAGCCCCAACAACAACAACAGCAGCAGCAGCAGGCGCAACAGAUGGGUCAACCGGGAUCUCACUACGGACCCACUGGCAAUGGACCCACUUCCAAUGGCCUGCCGCCACAGGUCAACCCACAGAUUCCGCCAGCACCGCAGCAGCAGCAGCCACAGCAGCAACAGUUUCAGCAGCAGCAGCAACAGCAAUAUCAGCAAAUGGUCCAGGUUCAGGCGGGCUAUGCGCCCUCUCAGUAUCAGCAACCCCACUACGUGCUCUCCAAUUCUAAUCCCAAUCUCACUGUGCACCAAUACCCGACACAGCAGCAGCCGCAGCAGCAGCAGCAGCAGGCUCCACAGCCGCCUCUUCAAAACGGUGGCAUGUACAUGGUGGGCCAUGGCCAUCUUCCGAGCUCCGCGAGCGCCAAUAGUGUAGUGUACGCCAGCCAGCAGCAGAUGCUCCCGCAGCCGCAUCCGCAGGCCCCUCAGGCGCCGGCGAUGCCGGGUCCCGGCUAUGGAGGUCCUCCAGUGCCGCCGCCCCAGCAGCAGGCGGAGAACCCCUACGGCCAGGUGCCCAUGCCGCCGCCCAUGAAUCCGUCGCAGCAACAGCAGCAGCCCGGUCAGGUGCCGCUCAAUCGCAUGAGCAGUCAGGGUGGUCCGGGUGGCCCACCGGCUCCCGCUCCGCCCCCGCCACCACCCAGCUUUGGGGGAGCUGUUGGAGGAGGCCCACCGCCGCCAGCCCCGCCUCAGAUGUUCAAUGGCGCACCGCCGCCACCAGCCAUGGGCGGAGGUGGCCCUCCGCCGGCUCCACCGGCGCCGCCAGUCAUGGGAGGCGGACCACCACCGGCUCCGGGCGGUCCAGGAGCACCACCACCACCUCCUCCGCCGCCGGGACUGGGAGGAGCGCCUAAGAAGGAUGAUCCCCAGGCAGAUCUCAUGGGCUCACUAGCCUCACAGCUGCAGCAGUUCAAGCUCAAAAAGAACAAGACCACCACAUCUGCUCCGGAGAAUAGCGGCAGCAGCACCUCCAGUGGAGGCAGUGGCAAUUAUGGAACUAUCGGACGCAGCUCCAAUGGAAUGGCCUCCAUGAUGGACGAGAUGGCCAAAACGCUGGCAAGACGACGCGCCCAAGCCGAGAAAAAAGAGCCCGAUCCUGAGCCCGAGGUCAAGAAGCGACCCUGGGAGAAGUCCAACACGUUGCCCCACAAGCUAAGCGGAGGCGCCGGCAGCGGAUCGACUGGUAGUGGCCAUGAAGGAGCGAAUGGAAGCUCGGGUGGAGCUGGAAGCAACACAACGAAUAGUGGCGGAGAGUCCCCGCGACCCAUGCGCAAACGGUUCGGCAGCGCCAGCGAGGAGACUAUUCUCAAGCAGGUCAAUGGCGAUGGCCUGUCACUGGCGCUAUCCAAUGGCGACUUGGACACACUGAAGGCUGAGAUAGUACGCGAAAUGCGACUGGAGAUCCAGAAGGUCAAAAACGAGAUCAUAGAUGCUAUCAAAUCGGAGUUUAAUCGCAGAUAGAUCAAAGCACUGUCACGUUUAACGCCAACUGACACCAGGCUCUACCGAACUUCCAAAACUGCUGUCGUUCCGUAAAUGGACGAAGAUCAGGAUCAGAAUCAGGAGCCAGGCGGAGCAGGAGCCGGGCGUAUAACUUAAGACAUUCGCGAAGUAUUCGAUGAUCGAAGCUCGCAACAUUGCCAGAAUGUUGACGAUCGAUCGACGAGGCGGUGGCAUGUGCAUAGAUACGCAUAUUUAUGAUGCACUUGCUCUAGGUUAACAAAAACAUCUAGGCUAACACAAACACACACACAAAUGCAGAUGAGGAGAAGAAAUUUAGUCAAAGUAAUUAUUUUUAAAGGGAAGAACUGCUUACCGACUUCUAAGUUAUGUAACUAACUCUGUUGUACAUUAUUUUGCAUAAGUCUAUAAGCCAAUUUUAGUGUGAGAACAAGAGGAUUGCUUGCAAUGUUCGGUAUAUCGUAAUCCCUCUCUAUUUCAUUUGUUUUCCAUACCCCACCUCAUCCUUUUUAGUUUGUUAUGCUCCCCAGGGUUUUUCCAUUGUUUCGUACCAAAAUCAAAAUUAAUAACGUUUGUAAUUAAACAUAGAACGUAUCUCUCUAUACACAAACACAAAAACAUGCAUAUAUAUACGGUUUAAUAUAUAUGGACUACUCAUUAACCUAACCUAAAGGGAACUAGUAUUACGACUCAAAACGAAACGAAAACAAUUCCACAAACGUCAUCCAUCAAUGCUCCCAAAACAAAAAUAAAAAGAAAACUCUCCACGCAUUUCCUCAAACAAAACCACGACAUUUUCCUAAGCACACGAUCUCAUACCACUCAAUUUAAGAACCAGCAAGUCUUCAGUAAAUCAGAAACAUAAACAAAAACAGUUCAAAGCGGAAUUGGGCGUGGUGUUCAGGACUCAGACUUAGCUCGAGAAACUUAGCGUUAGUAUCACAUGAAUAAUCCCUGCGAUCCAGCGAUCUAUACGAUCUAUACAGCGAAAUUAGAAAGCUAAAUUAACAAUCGACUGCUGCGUAUUAUACACAUAAAUAAUACUUAUAAAUAUAUAAAGGAAAGCCACUAAAAUAUUGUACACUCCUCCCCAGACUCGGUGAAAAAUCCGAUCCUGAACAUAUGCGUACCAAUUCAACUUCCAUAUACGACUAAGACUAAAUAGCGAAAUUAUUGAAUGAUAGCAGGCCAAGCAAAUCGGAAAAAGGUGGAUCAGAUAACGAGGAAUAGGAAGGAAAGCAGGCAGGAGCAUGAAAAGGAGAGUUUAGUUUUUAAGGCAUAACGAAGUGAAAUUGUUUAUUAAGUGGACAAAAAUUUAUUUAUACUGAAGGAAGAGUGGUAGUUGUGUAUAAUUCGAAUGCAUAUAUACAUUUUAAUUUUUUGUAAUUUAACAAUAAUUUAUAUUGACUGUGCGAGGUUGCGUCGAUAUAUGAUUAUAUAGAGUAUAUGAAAUACCUAGUUAUAUGGCGGCCACACACACGGUCCGGUGUGUAUGUAAAUGUUAUGAUUUUUGUAUUUUUAUAUAUGAUCUUUGCAUUGCGAAAACAAUGGAAACAAUUUAAUAUUAAACACACGUAAACUAUUUUAAACGAAGCAAGCGGAAAUCGAUGUGCGUUGCAGCGGGCGCAACUUUUUAUGUAUUAAAUUAAAUAUAUUAUACACUUAUAUACAACCAGAAUAUUCAAUAUACAUACAAGAGACGAAUCGAAGAAGCAGCCGGCAUUAACUCGAGAUCAAAAUAUAUAUUAAAAAUCAGCAACGGAUUCACUUAGAUCGUUAAGGGGCGUAAGUUAUAUAGCGGUGGCGAUCGGGACGGAAUAAAAGCGCAAAACAUUAUAUGCAUAUUCAACAAAAGAACGUAAAGUGAAAUAAACAAGCAACGUUUGUAUGUAAAAAUCAA